AUGACUGACCGUCCAUAUCUAUUGGAAAUUCCAGGCAAUAAAUUAACUGUACAGUUCUACAACGCCUUGAGAAAAAAAAUAGGAAUAGAGGAUAAUGUGACACGUACAAUAAUCCUUUUUUUUCUAGAUUCUGCAGUGCCGCACAGAUCUCCCCGAAAUCUCGUCAAAUACCUCGCAGCCUAUAACGACGCCAAUCAUAAAACAGUACGAAAGCUUUUUGAAACCCAGUUUGAAAUAAAAUGGCAAACCGAAAGUGGAGAUCCUGAUCUGUUCAGUUUCUACGGAUUUUGUAAGGACGUUGUGAAUCGCACUAGCACAGGUCGUGGUCGUGGCAGAGGUCGUGGCAGACGUCCUGGCAGAGAUCCCAUUAAUGAGGUUAUGACAUAUAAAACAAGAAGAGCGCAUGUGCUUUCAAAACUGUAUCAUGCACAGGACGAACUGCAUAAAAUUCGUGAUCUAACGUACCAAAAACUUUGCCCUCCUGUUUAUGCCCGCAAAGACGACGGAACUUGGGUAACAUUUACAUUUGAGGAAAAGAAUGCCAGCAAAGCAAUAAGGUUCAGCCGGCAGGAACCGGCCAAUAUAGGAUGGAUAUCAAACGAAGAUUUGAGAGUCUACAUACAAAGCAAUUCAGUAAAAGAAUAUGAAAAUUUUCCUUCCGGGAAAGGGCAACUUUACUGGGCAGUACUUGAAGAAGACGAUUUUGAUAACCAAGUACAGGACUUCGGCAGAACACAAGUGUAUGUCGGCCAGGCAGUUAAUGGUAUCAAAGAACGAUGGAUGGGUGGGGGGAAGUCUCAUUGUAAGAGAAUGGGGGUCGCGCGGGAUGUUAUGUGCAAUAUGCUCAGUUACGAUCCGACUCCCUUACAAUCAGAACAGUUGGUGGAUCUAAGAUUGUUGCUUCACAAAGCUUGGAAUCAGGAUGGCGAAAAUAGCGGGUUGUUCAUUAUGGACAAGUUCACAAAAGAAGGUACCGGUAAGCAGAAAAAAAUCACAGGAGACGCAAGCAAGCUGGGCCAGGCAGAAAAAGACAACAUAGAUGGUAAGAAAGCUUCUACUUCGAACGAAUUCAUUUUGACUGAAAACUGGAAUCCAAAAGACAUGAGGUAUGGAAUGAAUGGAAAAUGAGCUACAGUAAGAUAACAAAACUAGCCUCGAGAGACUAUUUUAUCUUCAUGGGGUAUAUUUUCGUUGCGCAAAACCACUGAAAUAAAUGCAACGUUUAUAUUCAUUGAAGAACAAAAGAAUCCGAGGCGGCCAUAUAUUGCACGUUUAAUUAUGUUAAUAUAUGUAUGGUUUACGGAGUUAAAAAUACAUUAUAGUUAAAACUUAAUGAAAGGCAAUGUUGUAAAAAGUUCACGCCAAGAACGUAAAUCUUUUGCGUAUAUUCUCUGACGCUUUUAGUUGUUCUGGAAUUCAGAAAUUAAUUAUAAGUGAAAAUAUAUAGAGGAUAUUACACAGCGGCGCGAAGAU